AUGGUUGCUUAUGGUGCCCUUCCCCUCAACGUGUUUCCUGUGUCGCCGUUCCUCACAAAGAAGGAAACUCGAAUAGCCAUGGAUACUUCUGUUGUCAUCUCUACUUAUAAUUCAAAGAGAAAUAUUGGUAAUAUAGAAAAUAAGGGAUUUAAAGAUUUUCAUUGUAUUGUGCAUGCCAUUUCAAAGGAUAUCACCUUCGUCGACGAUCAAAUCUCUUCUACAUCAGAUGAAAAUCAGCUUGAAGAGUUGGUGAAAAAGAUUAAGAAAAUAAUGGCAAGCAAAAAAUAUGGUAAUAUAGAAGAAUUGGUUAUAAUUGAUGCUAUACAACGAAUAGGUCUUGAAUAUUAUUUUCGAGAUGAAAUCAGUGCUGCUUUAGAAAAGCAUUAUAAUUUAUAUCAUAGUACAAUCGAAGAAGGUACUGAUAAUCUUCAUGAUCUAGCUCUUCACUUUCGCCUGUUGAGACAACAUGGAUACCAUGUAUCUUCAGAUGCUUUGGCAAAAUUCAAGGACAAAAAUGGGAAUUUCAAUCAAGAACUUGCAAAAGACAUAAAUGGGUUGAUGAGCCUAUUUGAAGCGUCUCAAUUUAGAACUAGAAGUGACUAUGUUCUUGAUGAUGCAAAUAAAUUUAGUCGCAAACUAUUGAAGGCCUCGUUGUUGAAGAAUAUUGAACAAUUUGAGGGUUUGGUAAUAGGAAACACACUUCGUUAUCCAUAUCAUAAAAGCUUGCCAAGACUAAUGGCCAAAAAGUUUCUUCCUUGUUUCAAAUCAUCCCUAAUGUUUCUCCACGAUUUCAAUCAUAUCAACGAUUGGAUAAAUGAGGUACACGAUCUAGCAAGAAUCGACAUCAACUUGGCUCAAAUAUCACAACAAUUGGAACUAACCCAAGUUUCGAGAUGGGUAAACGAGCUUAAUUUGGAGGAAUUGCAAUUUGCAAGAAUUGAGCCAUUAAAGUGGUAUAUGUGGUCAAUGGGAAUUCUUCCUGGGCUCGAUAUGUCCGAAGAGAGAUUAGAGAUUAUGAAAGCAAUAUCAUUUAGCUACAUGAUUGAUGACAUAUUUGAUGGUUAUGGAACGUACGAUGAGCUCUAUUUAUUCACAGAAGCCAUUAAGAGAUGGGAAACCGCUGAUGUUACACAAUUACCCAAUUGCAUGAAAGUUUGCUUCAAGGCUCUUCUAGAAACCACAAAUGAUUUUAGCUCCAAAAUUCAAACAAAGCAUGGAUGGAAUCCAGAACAAUUCUUAAGAAAAUUGUGGACAGAGCAAUGCAACGCAUUCUUUAUUGAGUUGAAAUGGAGUGUUAACAAGUACUCACCUAACCCUAAGGAGUAUCUAAACAACGGGAUAGUUAGUUCGGGAACCCAUGUAGUUAUGGCACACGCAUUUUUCCUUCUAGGCAAAGAAAUCAACAAGAAGAGUUUGAAAGAGUUGAGUAGCCUUCCUUCAAUUAUAUCUUCUACAGCCACCAUUCUUCGCCUGUGGAAUGAUGUAGGGAACCAUAUGGAUAAGACUCCAAAUGGUGAAGAUGGUUCCUACGUAGAUUGGUACAUGAAAGAACAUAAAAUAAGCUCAUAUGAUAUCGCGAGGAAGCAUGUUAGUCGAAAGAUUUCAGAUGCAUGGAAGUGUAUCAAUAAGGAGUACAUGUCGUCUACAUCUCCGUUCUCAAAAGAGUUCAAGGAAGCCUGCCUUAAUUUAGCGAGGACGGUUCCCAUUAUGUAUAGCCAGGAUGAGAGUGAUCAUUUUCAAUUCAUGGUGGAACCCUAAAAUUUGUAAUCCCAUGAUUAAAGUUACUCUACAUACCCACUCGAUUAAAAAAGUUCUCACAAAAGAAAUUAGAUGGAAAAAGUAAAGUAAGACCGAUGGGUAA